AUGCACAUUCAUCCGAGCUCACCGAAUUCGUCCCAAUCGGAGGACGACGCGGCCACGAAAAUUCAGGCCGGUUUCCGCGGGUACCGCGUGCGCAAGCAGAUGCGCCAGGGAGGCGGCGGCAACGCCAGUGCCGGGGUCGGCUCGGCGAACGGCGGUGGAUCGUCCGCCGUCGGUGGUGGCCUCCCACCGGGCACGGUCGAGGACAAGUCGGCCACGAAAAUUCAGGCGAACGUGCGCGGGUUCCUGGUGCGCAAGAAGCAGAAGAUGGCAACCGAGGCGGCCACCAAGAUUCAGGCCAGCUUCCGUGGCUUCAAGACGAGAAAGGAGCUGAAAUCGAUCAAGAAGGACAAAUAGAUUGGACGACCCCCUCUGGACCCGGGAAGCUGGAAGAAUGGAGGAGAGGCGUGGUUGGGGUGGGAACGUUCGGAAAAUUCGGCUCUUUUCAUCCGUUUGAAAAUUUGUUUUCCAGUUCAAAUACACACACGCGCGCUUUAUACUCAAGCACAAACACACAAACACAUACAAACGCAGUGGCAUAAGCGCGUGGAUGCCAGAAUGGCAGCCGGAAUGUUGGUGGGUUGUGAUAAAUUGAUAUAGGCCAUCUGAAGAGUAAACCCUCACCACACGGAAGAAAAAGAGAGCACCCCUUAAACAAACAAAUUCGUAAACGGUCGAGUAGCAUAGCAGGCGGGAGAGGGAAAAUAUAAAACUCGAAAAACAAUUUGCGGAAAUGCUAAAUUCAAAUGUUCAACAAAAGUGAAACCACUGCUCGACCUCGACUGGUGCCUUCUGAAGAUCACACGAACGGUUUCUGAAUCUGGCCAAGCAUAAAAACACGAUCAGAGUCAGAUUGUUAUUAUUUUUUAAGCGUUUUUCCGACCAGAAACGAUUUCCUUUUUUUCACCUUUUUUCACACCUUUGCAAAUGUUUUGAAUUGGUGGGCAAUGUAUUGCCACUUAUUUUCGUUUGGGAUUUAAAUCAGCUAUCUUACCUCAACAUAACAACAAAGUUGAGUUACACAAAAUGAAUUUUCUUCAAAUGGAAUCCAAUAUAAAUGUACAAAAAAAUGUAUUUUUUAAAAUCUCAAACAGUGGCACAUGAUUUGGAAAAAAAAUUGCCAUACAAACAAAAGUGUACAAUUUUCGAUUUUUUUUAAGAAUUUUAAUUCAGUUUUCCGAAUAUAAAAAAAAAUAAGCAAAAAUAUAUCAGAUUCAAAAAAUUCUGUAAAUAGAACAGCUCAUUCGAUCCCAACUUCCGACGGUACAAAGCAACAAAACGGGUUUCCGACCAUGUGCGGACGAAUGAUCUCCGAUCCGAUGCAACCGAUCCCGUUUGUUGCACCACCCGCACAGAGGACGGUUGAAAAGUGGGGACAUAAAAACAGGAAAACUAGCCUCUUAAUGCGCCACGACAAGUUGUAUCCGAGUAUUGUGAGCCGCGCCGUCGAUCGUAACAUAAAUCAUCGUUCUAUGGCGUUGCUCGAACGGCGUUCGACGGAAUCGCACGAGUGGUUUCGAGAUCGUAGGCAGCUCUAAUACCAAAUAUGUUCCUACAUUUUCUCGCGCUCACGGGGGAAAACUAUAACAACUGAGGGACGAGGAAGAAAUAGUGCAAGAUAGAAAGAUAGAGCCAGAACCAGAAAGGCAGAGCGGGAUAAAGGAAAAUCAAAUCGAAAAUAAAUGUACUGAUGAGGGAGGAUGUGUAGGUGAAAGUGGAAUCCCCUUAUAGAACUCGACCUACAACUUCUCGUUUUCGGGGGAACACUCUUUCCCCCAUCUCGCGCCGGUGGUGCGUUAGUUCUUAGCUUACAUGGGGAAAGUGAAAGCAAUUGGCCUGCUUACGGCACCCAGCCCGAUCCGUAGUAUACACAAAACAAACAUCCACAUACACACACACCCAAACAAAAAAGGUCUUCCAGUGAUGCGAACCAGAUCACCGCCGGAGAUCACGGUGGACUUUUGAGCAGCCUGCAUAAUGUAGUAAAUUGGAGCUUGCAGGGCGCGGCAAGAUCGACGGUUUUGUGUCUUAGCAUGUUUUCCAGAGGAAACCAUACUGCGAAUCGAUGAUGAUCACAAAAGCGCGCGAAGUAUUUUCGGCGAGCAUUACUCUUUUUAAAUAGUGAUAUAGUAAUAUGUGUUUUUUGUCAGAUAUAAGUGAAAUGUAAAAAACAAAAAAUGUCAGGGAAUGCGGUGUGCAGGAACUGUCGUGGAAGGCACAUGGAAGGAGAUGCCAACUGGCCCAAGUGAACGUGUUAAUAAAUCAUAGA